AUCAGAGGUCUGCAGAUGAAGGCAGAAGACUAUGAUGUUGUAAAAGUGAUUGGGAGAGGUGCUUUUGGUGAAGUGCAGCUGGUUCGUCAUAAGGCAUCACAGAAGGUUUAUGCUAUGAAGCUUCUUAGUAAGUUUGAAAUGAUAAAAAGAUCAGAUUCUGCUUUUUUCUGGGAAGAGAGAGAUAUUAUGGCCUUUGCCAACAGUCCCUGGGUGGUUCAGCUCUUUUGUGCUUUUCAAGAUGAUAAGUAUCUGUACAUGGUAAUGGAGUACAUGCCUGGUGGAGAUCUUGUAAACCUUAUGAGUAACUAUGAUGUCCCUGAAAAGUGGGCCAAAUUUUAUACUGCUGAAGUUGUUCUUGCUCUGGAUGCCAUACACUCCAUGGGUCUCAUUCACAGAGAUGUAAAGCCUGACAACAUGCUCUUGGAUAAACAUGGACAUCUAAAGUUAGCAGAUUUUGGCACAUGUAUGAAGAUGGAUGAAACAGGCAUGGUGCAUUGUGAUACAGCAGUUGGAACACCUGAUUAUAUUUCACCUGAGGUUCUCAAAUCACAAGGGGGUGAUGGUUACUAUGGGCGAGAAUGUGAUUGGUGGUCUGUGGGUGUUUUCCUUUUUGAGAUGCUGGUGGGGGAUACUCCAUUUUAUGCAGAUUCACUUGUAGGAACAUAUAGCAAAAUUAUGGAUCAUAAAAACUCACUGUGUUUCCCAGAAGAUGCAGAAAUUUCUAAACAUGCGAAGAAUCUCAUCUGUGCCUUCUUAACAGAUAGGGAGGUACGACUUGGGAGAAAUGGGGUAGAAGAAAUCAAACAACAUCCUUUCUUUAAGAAUGAUCAGUGGAAUUGGGAUAACAUAAGAGAGACGGCAGCUCCUGUAGUACCUGAACUCAGCAGUGACAUAGACAGCAGCAACUUUGAUGACAUCGAAGAUGAUAAAGGAGAUGUAGAAACCUUCCCAAUUCCUAAAGCUUUUGUGGGAAAUCAGCUGCCUUUUAUAGGAUUUACCUACUAUAGAGAAAAUUUGUUAUUAAGUGACUCUCCAUCUUGCAGAGAAAAUGAUUCAAUACAGUCAAGGAAAAAUGAAGAAAGCCAAGAGAUUCAGAAAAAACUAUACACGUUAGAAGAACACCUUAGCACUGAGAUACAAGCCAAAGAAGAAUUAGAGCAGAAGUGCAAAUCUGUUAAUACUCGCCUUGAGAAGGUAGCAAAGGAGCUAGAAGAGGAGAUUACCUUAAGGAAAAAUGUGGAAUCAGCAUUAAGACAAUUAGAAAGAGAAAAGGCACUUCUUCAGCACAAAAAUGCAGAAUAUCAGCGGAAAGCUGAUCAUGAAGCAGACAAGAAACGAAAUUUGGAAAACGAUGUUAACAGUUUAAAGGAUCAACUUGAAGAUUUGAAAAAAAGGAAUCAGAACUCUCAAAUAUCCACUGAGAAAGUAAAUCAACUCCAGAGACAACUGGAUGAAACCAAUGCUUUGCUGAGAACAGAAUCUGAUACUGCAGCCCGGUUAAGAAAAACCCAGGCAGAAAGUACAAAACAGAUUCAGCAGCUGGAAUCUAACAAUAGAGAUCUUCAAGAUAAAAAUUGUCUGCUGGAGACUGCCAAGUUAAAACUUGAAAAGGAAUUUAUCAAUCUUCAGUCAGUUCUAGAAUCUGAAAGGAGGGACCGAACCCACGGAUCAGAGAUAAUUAAUGACUUACAAGGUAGAAUAUCUGGCCUAGAAGAAGACUUAAAGAAUGGCAAAAUCUUAUUAGCAAAAGUAGAGAUGGAGAAGAGACAACUACAGGAGAGAUUUACUGAUUUGGAAAAGGAAAAGAACAACAUGGAAAUAGAUAUGACAUACCAACUAAAAGUUAUACAGCAGAGCUUAGAACAAGAAGAAGCUGAGCAUAAGGCUACAAAAGCACGGCUGGCAGAUAAAAAUAAAAUUUAUGAAUCCAUUGAAGAAGCAAAAUCAGAAGCCAUGAAAGAAAUGGAGAAAAACCUCUCAGAGGAAAGGACGUUAAAGCAGAAGGUGGAAAACCUGUUGCUGGAAGCUGAGAAGAGAUGCUCUAUAUUAGACUGUGACCUCAAACAGUCACAGCAGAAAAUAAAUGAACUCCUUAAGCAGAAAGAUGUGCUAAACGAAGAUAUCAGAAACUUGACAUUAAAAAUAGAGCAAGAAACUCAAAAGCGCUGCCUUACACAAAAUGACUUGAAGAUGCAAACACAGCAAGUUAACACACUAAAAAUGUCAGAAAAGCAGUUAAAACAGGAGAAUAAUCAUCUCAUGGAAAUGAAAAUGAGCUUGGAAAAGCAGAAUGCUGAACUUCGAAAAGAACGUCAAGAUGCAGACGGGCAAAUGAAGGAACUCCAAGAUCAGCUUGAAGCAGAGCAGUACUUCUCAACUCUCUAUAAAACACAGGUGAGAGAACUUAAAGAAGAAUGUGAAGAAAAGACUAAACUUUGUAAAGAAUUACAGCAGAAGAAACAGGAAUUCGAGGACGAAAGGGACUCCUUGGCUGCUCAACUGGAGAUCACCUUGACCAAAGCAGAUUCUGAGCAGCUGGCUCGUUCAAUUGCUGAAGAGCAAUACUCUGAUUUGGAAAAAGAGAAAAUCAUGAAAGAGCUUGAGAUCAAAGAGAUGAUGGCUAGACACAAACAGGAACUCACUGAAAAAGAUGCUACAAUUGCAUCUCUUGAAGAAACUAACAGGACACUAACUAGUGAUGUUGCCAAUCUUGCAAAUGAGAAAGAAGAAUUAAAUAACAAAUUAAAAGAUGCCCAAGAACAGCUAUCACGGUUGAAAGAUGAGGAGAUAAGUGCAGCCGCUAUUAAAGCACAAUUUGAGAAGCAACUAUUAACAGAGAGAACACUGAAAACUCAAGCUGUGAACAAGUUGGCCGAGAUCAUGAAUCGAAAAGAACCUGUCAAGCGUGGUAGUGACACUGAUGUGCGGAGAAAAGAGAAAGAGAAUAGAAAGCUACAUAUGGAGCUUAAAUCUGAACGUGAAAAACUGACCCAGCAGAUGAUCAAGUAUCAGAAAGAACUGAAUGAAAUGCAGGCUCAAAUAGCUGAAGAGAGCCAGAUUCGAAUUGAACUGCAGAUGGCCCUGGACAGUAAAGACAGUGACAUUGAGCAGCUGCGGUCACAGCUCCAGGCCUUGCAUAUUGGUCUGGAUAGUUCCAGUAUAGGCAGUGGACCAGGGGAUGCUGAGGCAGAUGAUGGCUUUCCAGUUCAUAUCACUCAGUCACGCACUAUGGAAUCCUUGUCAUUCACCUACCAACGUUCCUCUACUUCUCUCAAUAUUGCCACUAAGCCUUCCAGUUCUCAUAUGCUUCUUGACUCUGAUUCUGACUCAGAAGAAGAAUCUUUGCCUUACUUACCUAUUUCAUCGGAACCUGAUGGUACAGAAUCAAGACUAGAAGGAUGGCUUUCAUUGCCUGUGCGAAACAACACUAAGAAAUUUGGAUGGGUUAAAAAGUAUGUGAUUGUAAGCAGUAAGAAGAUUCUUUUCUAUGACAGUGAACAAGAUAAAGAACAAUCUAAUCCUUACAUGGUUUUAGAUAUAGACAAAUUAUUUCAUGUCCGACCAGUUACACAAACAGAUGUAUAUAGAGCAGAUGCUAAAGAAAUUCCAAGGAUAUUUCAGAUUCUGUAUGCCAAUGAAGGAGAAAGUAAGAAGGAACAAGAAUUUCCCGUGGAGCCCGUGGGAGAAAAGUCAAAUUAUAUUUGCCAUAAGGGACAUGAGUUCAUUCCUACCCUCUAUCAUUUCCCAACCAACUGUGAGGCUUGUAUGAAGCCUUUAUGGCAUAUGUUCAAACCCCCCCCUGCGUUAGAGUGCCGCCGCUGCCACAUUAAAUGUCAUAAAGAUCACAUGGACAGAAAGGAGGAGAUUAUAGCACCUUGCAAAGUUUAUUAUGAUAUUUCGACGGCCAAGAACCUAUUGUUAUUGGCAAAUUCUACAGAAGAGCAGCAAAAGUGGGUUAGUCGGUUGGUGAAAAAGAUACCUAAAAAGCCUCCAGCUCCAGACCCUUUUGCACGGUCAUCUCCUAGAACUUCAAUGAAGAUACAACAAAACCAGUCUAUUAGACGGCCAAGUCGACAGCUUGCCCCAAACAAACCAAGAUUGCUUGAUUUGGCAUUUAAAGACUGGGAUUGGUCAUUUGAUGAUGUUGAUGGUGGUGAUGAUGAUGACGAUGUUUUUGAUUUCUGA